CCGCGAGGCAGGCAGGCAGGAGGAGCGCGCGUGGCUUCUGCAGGAGCCGAGGAUGCGGCGGGUCCCGCGGGCGGGGCUCGCCUUGGCGCUGGAAGUGGGGGUGCGCGCGCUGCUCUUCGGAGUUUUCCUGAUCACUGAAAUCCUGCCUCCAUUCCAGCGGGUCAUACAGCCUGAAGAGAUGUGGCUGUAUAAAAACCCCUAUGUGGAGUCUGACCACGUGCCUGCCAAGCCAAUGUUUUUCAUUUCUUUUUUAUCUCCCUUGGUCUUGAUUCUUCUGGCCAAAUUCUUCAUGAAUGCUGACCAAGAGGAUAUGCGGGAAGCAUGCCUAGGGGCCAGCUUGGCUCUUACGCUGAAUGGAGUCUUCACCAAUGCUGUGAAGUUGGUCGUAGGCAGGCCUCGGCCCGAUUUCUUCUUCCGCUGCUUUCCAGAUGGUCGGGCAACCACUCAGCUGUUGUGCACGGGUGACGCAGAAGUAGUGACGGAAGGGCGCAAGAGCUUCCCCAGUGGGCAUUCUUCAUUUGCUUUUGCUGGUCUUGCCUUUGGCUCCUUCUACAUGGCAGGGAAGCUCCACUGUUUUGCACCCGGUGGGCGUGGGCAGUCCUGGCGCCUCUGUGCCUUCUUGACACCACUCUUUGUCGCACUGCUCAUUGCUUUGUCCCGUACCUGUGAUUACAAGCAUCACUGGCAAGAUGUAAUGGUUGGCUCAGCCAUGGGCCUUGCCUUUGCGUACCUGUGCUACAGACAGCAUUACCCACCUCUGACGGACCCCAACUGCCAUCAGCCGCUGCAACGCAAGUCCAGACUCUCUGCCCCCGAGAGGCAAAAGUUAACCCUCUCUGGUUUUAACCUAGAUGUAUAAAGGAUACUCUUGGGGAGAAAGGAGGUACAGCCCUCCACAGGACCCUGUGCCUGGAGGGGGGGGGAAUAUUCCCACUUUAAAGGGCCAGCAUGCUCCUCUUCCCUUCGUCAUGAGCCUGUUGGCAGAGAAAAGAGUAUUGCGUUUGGUGUGCACUGAAAUGGAGGCGAACCAUCGUCUUAUCCCUGGCAGUGGUAUCUUACUGCAAAGGAUCAGCCCUGGAUCCACUCUAAGGCCUUUUGCACAAAGCGUUUAGUGUACAGUUCUGGAGCACUGGUGGGAUCAAACAACAAUCCAGUCCAAUUCUUUGCUGCAAGGCGGAAAAUAUUCUGCAGGGCAGUUGCUGUGGUUAACUCAAGCAAACCUGGGUGCAUGUUAGCUCACCGUGCAUUGUAACACCACGUAUGCAGCAUGGCUUUAGCAUGCAGGGGCAGGUUAGCUUUGUUUGCUGCCUACUCAGCUAGUACCUGCCUUUUAAAAAAAUACACCCCAACUCCGUCUUACACAGAGAGGUCAUGUUGGACUUAGGUAUGGCUUUAGGAAUCUGUAUUCCUUUGACUGCCUCCAAGAGAUGGUUUUGCACUGUAUGACCAGGUUAUUCAUUGCAUAUUGUCCAGGCCCCAUGCUUAUCUUGGUAACUGAUGCCAAUGUUGGGGUCUUGACCAUUUUAGCUUCUGUUUUGGAAGGCAUUAUUAUAGUCUUUAUGAAGGUAGAGCUUGGAAGCAGCAGCUGUUGAUGGUGGAGAAAUGAGGGUGUGCAAGUCCUUCCAUGACCUGGAGAUGGCGUUUCAGGGUGUUCCUAGGUUUUGUUUUGUUGCAUGACUAACCACUUCCUAUCCCUUACUUCAUAUCAACUUUUACCCCCCCCCCCCAUUCCCUCUUUAUAUUCAGUCCCUAAUCUGUACUCUGAAAGUAUCCAUACUCUGACUUGAGUCUUAGUACAUGCAAUCUGGUGCAUUUGUUUUGAAUGUAGCUCUUGCAUCUUUUUUGGUGCAGAGCAAAUCUAGCUGUAAUCAUGCCAGCACAAAAUACAUGACUAUUGAAACAGGUUCAAGCUACUACAUAUACCUUUAAAGCAACAAGGCCAGUUUAUAUUUCUUUGACCCCUUUAGGGACGAACAGACUAUAAGUACUUUAAAAUAUUUUUUAUCAUUCUAAUCCUUAGAAAUUGGCCAGGGAUAGGAUUUGAGGGCCAGAACCUCAUAAGACAUAGGGGAUCUCUGAUAGAGUUCCCAUAUGUGCAUUGUAGUUUGAAUAAUGGGCCAUAGGGGGCAGUAUGGGUCAGGGCCAUGACGGUGGGAAGGAUUUUCUGAAUUCUCCCCCUUCCCCAGAUGCUUUAAGCCCUAGGAGAUAAAGAGUCACAAUAGGGAUACUUGUCUUUUUCUCAUCCUGGAGCAUAACAGAAUUCCUGCAUGCCCAGCCCUGCAACAAAGCAAAAAUUGUUCCCUGGUUCAGAAAAACAGCAUGUAAGGAGGUUAAAGUCCCUUUUCUCCCAAACCAUGGUCCCAAUUCAAACUGGGUGCUGUGGCAUUUGUCUGCUGUCUGGCUGUGGGGAAUGCAAGGGGGGGGGGGGUCAGGAUACCCACCCCAACUCAAGCAAAAAACUUAUUGUGUAGGGAGUUUGGCUCUGUGUGGCUUGUGAGUAUGGCCUAAGUGAUAAUACCCAGAAAUGCCAUGCAAUUUAGCAUAGUGCAUGCGAAUUAACACAAGCAACCCCAUUACCAACACUAGCCAUUUUUUUGCCAUACAGAAAACACAACAUCUGACCUGCUUCUGGUAGGGGAGGAGAGCAUUUUUUUCACAGGAGCAGCAUGCAGGGUAGCAUGACAUUGCACAGAAACUGGAAAGAAAAAAGCCUUUACAAGGUUGGUCAGUUACCAUGUGGUUCGAACAGUGGCUCGCCAGAGAGCCCUGAGCAAGAGGAUGGCAGUUAUCACUUGUUGUUUCUUCUGCUCUCCCCACUGUAGAAAUUAAAGGAAUGCUGCCUCUGGAUAGGGGUGUUCCACUCCACUUUUGCAGGCAGUAGCUGUCAUCUCAAGCGUUAGAACACUUUCAAGCUUGCUCAUUUGUACUUCCUGUUAAAAUGAGGCUAGCCUGAACAUUUGCAGAGGGAAGAACUGUAGGUUGUAAUGUAAGGAUUACAGUGCUCACGUUUGCCUUUUUAAUAUUUUAUAUGUUUUUAGAGACCAAAUCAGGUCACUCGAGUCUCAUGGUUGUUGGUAUUUUUUAAAGUGUCAAAUCAAAUAAAUGCCGGUACUUUAAAUGACAA